AUGUCAUCUGACUGUGACACCCUUAGCAACGACUCCCGCCCCAGCGACUUCAAUGAUGGGCUUGAGGCAAUCUUAGCGAACGCUGACUUAUUUGAGAACCAUUCAAACAGGUCUACUCCAGAAAGUCACCAGGGAUGCACUAGGCAUCCUGGCCAUGGGCAAGGUGCUCCAGUAUAUUCAUGUGGAUGCUAUAAGCAUGAUACGCUAUCCGGAGGGUUCGAACCUGAUGACUGGCCUCCUAACAAUGAGCAGGCGUUUCAGCUUGUAGAUGAAUUUCAACUUGGAGCUGAACAGCACGAACAACCAGAGCCACAGCUAGAAGCUCCAAGUCAAGAUGGUCUUGAAGACACUGAUGAAUCUCAUCGAAAGCGAAAAAGAUCUGAAGAUAAUGGUACCCCAUGCAACUUAGGCCGUGACGUUACUAACGCACGAGCAACGUCAGUACCUAUCAUCGAACUUCCGCCUGAGAAACGCAGGAAGAUCGGAAUAUUUGAAGGCGGAUUGGUGGCGAAGGUCAUGCAGGAAGUUGUGGGAGUGCGUGAGGCUAUGAGUAGGAUCGAAACAAUCAUCAACAGGCAAAAUGAAGUUCUUCAUGAAAUCUGUAACGCUAUUGAAAACCAUGGGAUGUGA